AUGGAACAAUCCACACCGAGAGCAAUGGCACCAGCAGCGGCAAGGUCGCGGCUGCUGCUCCUCUGCCUCGCCGUAGCCGCCACCGCCGGCGUCCUCCGAGCUCGUGCGCAGCCAGACAGCAUCGGUUUCAUCAACAUAGACUGCGGCCUGCUGGGGACGGCGAGCUACGUGGACGACGCCACCAAGCUGGCGUACGUCCCGGACGCCGCCUUCAUCGACGCCGGCACGAACCACAACAUCUCGGCGGAGUACAUGACGCCGACGCUCUCCAAGCGCUACCACAACGUGCGCAGCUUCCCCGACGGCGUCCGCAACUGCUACACGCUCCGCUCCAUCGUCGCGGGGCUCAAGUACCUCCUCCGCGCCACCUUCAAGUACGGCAACUACGACAACCUCGCCCGGCCGCCCAUCUUCGACCUCUACAUCGGCGUCAACUUCUGGACCAUGGUGAACGUCACGGACGCCGGCUCCGCCAUCAUGCUCGAGGCCAUCGUCCUCGUGCCGGACGACUUCGUGCAGGUGUGCCUGGUGAACACCGGCUCCGGGACGCCCUUCAUCUCCGGGCUGGAUCUGAGGCCGCUCAAGAGCACGCUCUACCCGCAGGCGAACGCGACGCAGGGCCUGGUCCUCUACGCCAGGCUCAACUUCGGCCCGACCAAUUCCACCGCGAUCAUCAGGUACCCUGACGAUCCGCACGACCGAGUUUGGAUACCUUGGGUCAACACCGCCGCCUGGAACUCGGUGUCGACGACGCUGAGGGUGGAGGACAUUGCCGACGACGACAUGUUCGAGGUGCCGACCAAGGUCCUGCAGACGGCGGUCACGCCGCGGAACGCGUCCGGGAACAUCGAGUUCUCCUGGGACCCGGAGCCGCAGCCCAAGGACCCGACGCCGGGGUACGUCGCCAACAUGCACUUCUCCGAGCUUGAGCUCCUGCCCGGGAACGCGACGCGCCAGUUCUACGUCAACCUCAACGGCAAGCCGUGGUACCCCAAGCCCUACAAGCCGAUGUACCUCAUCUCCGACACCAUCUACAACAGCAACCCCGGCCGGGGCUUCCCCCACUACAACAUCUCUAUCAACGCCACCGCCAACUCCACGUUGCCGCCGAUGAUCAACGCCGUCGAGGUCUUCUCCGUCAUCCCCACCACCAAUGUUGGCACGGACUCCCAGGACGUAUCUGCCAUCACGGCGAUCAAGGCCAAGUAUGGGGUGAAGAAGAACUGGAUGGGUGACCCGUGCGUGCCCAAGACUCUCGCGUGGGAGGGGUUGACAUGCAGCUAUGCCAUUUCCAGUCCUCCUAGAAUCACCAGCCUAAACCUGUCCUUCAGCGGUCUGAACGGUGAUAUAUCGUCUUCUUUCGCAAAUCUCAAGGCCGUCCAGUACAUAGAUCUGUCACACAACAACUUGGCAGGCUCAGUUCCUGACUCCCUUUCACAGUUAUCUUCACUGACAGUUCUAGAUUUGACAGGCAACAAGCUCAGUGGAUCAAUUCCUUCAGGACUUCUCAAAAGAGUUCAAGACGGCUCCCUGAAUCUAAGAUAUGGCGAUAACCCAAACCUCUGCACCAACGGCAAAUCAUGUCAGGCAACGAAAACGAAGAGCAAGCUCGCCAUCUACAUCGCCGUUCCUGUAGUUCUGGUUGUGGUGAUAGUAUCAGUGGCAGUGCUGCUGCUCUGCUUCUGUAGACGAAAGAAGCAAGGACCCACGAGCAACUCUGUGAAGCCUCAGAAUGAGACGACGGUGAGCCAUGCGCCGGCGCCGUCAGCAGGCGGUGGCUCGUACCCGCAGAGCUCACUGCAGCUCGAGAACCGCCGGUUCACGUACAAGGAGCUGGAGAUGAUCACGGACAGCUUCCAGCGCGUGCUCGGCCGGGGAGGCUUCGGCUACGUCUACGACGGCUUCUUGGAGGAUGGCACGCAGGUGGCUGUCAAGCUGCGCUCAGAUUCCUCCAACCAGGGCGUCAAGGAGUUCCUCGCCGAGGCCCAGACCUUGACGAAGAUUCAUCACAAGAAUCUUGUGUCGAUGAUCGGUUACUGCAAGGACGGGGACUACAUGGCGCUCGUCUACGAGUACAUGUCCGAAGGAAGCCUGCAAGAGCACAUUUCAGGAAAUGGCCGCAACACAGGAUUCUUAAGCUGGAGACAGAGGCUCAGGAUUGCAAUGGAGUCAGCGCAAGGGCUUGAGUAUCUACACAAGGGGUGCAGCCCGCCUCUCAUUCACAGGGAUGUGAAGGGAGCCAACAUCCUACUGAAUGCAAAACUAGAGGCCAAGAUCGCCGAUUUUGGCUUGACCAAGGCUUAUCGUGACGACGCCACUCAUAUGUCUACGAACACGCUUGUUGGUACACUCGGAUACGUUGAUCCAGAGUACCAUACAACAAUGCAGCCAACGACAAAGAGCGACGUGUACAGCUUCGGCGUUGUGCUGCUGGAGCUGGUCACGGGAAGGCCAGCCAUCCUGCGCGACCCAGAGCCGACGAGCCUCAUCCAGUGGGCGCGGCAGCGCCUCGCGCGGGGCAACAUCGAGGGCGUCGCGGACCCACGCAUGCGCGGCGACCACGACGUCAACAGCGUGUGGAAGGCCGCGGACGUCGCGCUCAAGUGCACCGCGCAGGCCUCGGCGCAGCGGCCCACCAUGACGGAAGUUGUGGCGCAGCUGCAGGAGUGCCUCGAGCUCGAGGAGGCCCGUGCCAGCGGUGGCGACGCGAGCGGCGGCUACUACGCCGCCGCCGGCGGCGGCCCGUACUCCGGUUACAACGCGUACGCCGCUGAUGGACAGUCCACUGACGUGAGCCAGACCAGCACCGGGUUUGAGGUGGAGCACAAUUUUGCGAGGGUGCCAACGAUGCCCACGGGUCCUGCUGCACGCUGAAGACUUUGUUGCCCACGCCGUCUUAUUUGAUUCUUUUUUUGGCUUCAAGGAGAUCUUCGUGACCUUUUUUAUGAAGGCGUUAAGUAAGUGCAUAUGUAUAAAUGUUCAGACAUUUGAUGUUGAUUUUUUUUUAUUUUUCUUUCUCCUUUCAACACCUCAGGAUUAUUGUUGUACUACUCGUGUCUAUUCUUUCCACAGCAGGACACUACAGUGCUAUUCUUCAGUCAGUGUAUAUGUUUUUUUUCUCCUUUUUAGUGUUAACCGUGUCAUUUGGGGUUUUGAGAGUUCUUAUAAAAUGUUUAUUUCUU